AUGCCGGAUAGGAGUGCGGCGACUUCAAGCGCGGCGCCUGCUUCCGCGGCGAGUGCCGUCGCGAACGCCAACGGCGGCGCCGCUGGCCUGCCCACGCCGCGUGCGGCCGGUAGUUUUGUCGCUCCCGACGGCCUCGAUGUCAAGCUCUUCGACCCGACCACAGGCCGCUUUGGUCUCUUUGGCACGCCCGUGUGGGGCACCCGAUACGGCUCGACGCAGCCGCUGCAAAAGAUUGAAAACGUGCGGCCGCUCUGCAUGGACUUCUUCAAGUCGGGCUUCUGCAACCGGAAGGGCCCGCACAACCAGGGCUGCCUCUUCCGCCACGACGAGAUCGAGGGCAAGGGCAAGAUCGAGGCGCCGCCCGGCGCCGACGCGGCCCCUCGACCCCUCGCGCCAACCGACGGCCCCGGCGCCGCGUGCAGGGAGGCCAAGGCUCCGGACGGGCGGACCUAUUACUACCACGCGGCGACGAAGGAGACGAAGUGGACUCGGCCGACGGCAGCGCCGGGAGCGGCGCCGACGCCGCUUCCCGAGGGGUGGAAGGAGGCCAAGGCUCCGGACGGGCGGACCUAUUACUACCACGCGGCGACGAAGGAGACGAAGUGGACUCGGCCGACGGCAGCGAAGGAAAGCCGGCGCGGUUGCAGUAUCGACUUCGCGGCUGCGCCUGCGUCAGCACUUGCGUCAGCGCCUGCAGCGGCCACCAACGGCCACGGAGGCGCGAGCACGGCGGAAGCGGCGGACGAGCCCGCAGCCAAGCGCGCGAGGCCCGACGCGGGGGCUGACGCCUCCGAAUGA